CAUAUAUUGUGUUGAUUGGACCUUAAAGUGAUGGUUGGUGAUAGGUAUUCGAAUCGCCAUUGCUGUAUUUCUUUUUGAUCGGAAAGCUACUUAUAAUUUUCAACCUUAUGUCCAUACAAUUUAAUACAAAAUACAUUAUCAUAACAUUUUCUUAAAGUUGAAUUUGUGUAAAUGAAAUUUCAUUACGUCACACGAUUCUGACAUGCGCACAGCAGCGGGAAACUGAAGUCAAAUUAAAUGAAAUCAGUUGAAAAGUAAUGUCCGCCAGCUGCGGUCGGCUACGAGACAUCUUGAUAUAAUAAAUUUACGAGUUAUAUUUAUUUUGUUUGGUACCUAAACCUUAAGCCGUGUUGUUCUAGUUUUAAAUAUUGUGCAUUUGUGUAUCGACAGUACAGGUUUCUUCUUAUACGAAUUUACUCGAACAGGUGAUGUCGAUAAGGGCACUCCGAAUGGAUCGAUAUCGGUGACUUUGGGUUAGGGCGAAAAAUACGUCAAGAAAAGGGUAGAUAACAUGGAGAAGUCCGCUCGGCCGCGGACAGCUCUCAAUGAGUGUGUGAAGGUGGUGGUUCGAUGUCGACCGCUCUCGGAGAAGGAGAAAAAUGAGGGCUACGAGGAGGUGAAGAAGAAACGCACAGAGCAGACUUGGUACGAGCGGCUGUCCACUAAGACUCCGGUGGACAAUAAAUCAUGUGAUGCCCGUUUACAGGUGGUGAAGGUAUGGCCGGAGCGCGGCGCCGUGCAGGUGUACAGCCCCAAGGGGCAGGACAAGAUGUUCACUUACGACGCCGCCUACGACUGCACGGCCGACACACAGACCAUGUACGACGAAAUGGUUCGGCCGCUGGUGGCGUCCGUGCUGGACGGGUUCAAUGGCUGCGUGUUCGCGUACGGGCAGACCGGCACGGGCAAGACGCACACGAUGGAAGGCACGCCCGACCACGAGGGCAUCAUCCCGCGUGCCUUCCGCCACAUCUGGGCACACAUCGAGAACAGCGCCUCGCCCGACGUCACGCAUCUCGUCUCCUGCUCCUACAUCGAGCUCUACCUCGAGGACGUCAGAGACCUGCUGUCCAAGGACUGCAAGAAGCUGACCAUUAGGGGACAGGAGCUGAACGGGUUCUACAUCCCGGAGAUGACGUCGGUGGUGUGCAAGAGCGCGGCGGAGAUGGUGCGCGUGAUGCGCGCCGGCAACCGCAACCGCGCGGCCGGCCGCACCGACAUGAACGAGCACUCCUCGCGCAGCCACGCCGUCUUCCUCGUCACCGUCGAGACCGCACACCGCAAGACCAACAGGAUACGAGUGGGCAAGCUGAACCUGGUGGACCUGGCGGGCAGCGAGCGGCAGCGCAAGACGGGCGCGUCCGCCGAGCGCCUGCGGGAGGCCUCUCGCAUCAACCAGGCGCUCUCCUCGCUCGGGAACGUCAUCUCCGCGCUCGCCGAGAACAGUCCGCAUGUGCCCUACAGAGAUUCGAAGCUCACCCGCAUCCUGCAGGACUCGCUGGGCGGCAACAGUAAGACCAUCAUGAUCGCCAACAUCGGCCCCGCCUCCUACAACUACGACGAGACCAUCACCACACUGCGGUACGCGCACAGAGCUAAAGCGAUAAAGAACAAGCCGGUCCGCAACGAGGACCCGAAGGACGCCAAGCUGCGCGAGUACCAGGCGGAGAUCGAGCGACUCCGCGCGCUCAUCUCGCAGCGCCGCACCGUCGACCGGCGCACGCGCAGGCCCGCCAAGCAGAAGUCGCAGCCCGCGCCUUCCGACAACUCUGAAGAGGAGACAGUCAGUAUAGAACACGAGAACAUACUGGCCGAGUCUACGAUAGAACAAGAGAAGAAGCAGACGGAAGAGUUGGAGCAACAGAUCCGCGCGCUGGAGGAGCGGCUGGUGCAGGGCGGCGGGGGGAAGGAUCUCAUCAACAACCUCAACGAGGCGCAGCUCAUACUGGAGCAGAGGAACAGCGAGAUCACCGAGCGCAAGAAGCGGGAGGUCGAGAUGCAGCAGAAGAUAGAGCUGGAGGAGGAGACCACUGCCAUCGUCACCAACACCUUCGCCACGCUGCAGCAGGAGGUCGACCACAAGACGCAGCGGUACGUACGCUGCUGGCACUGCGAGGGGGGAGGGGGGACGCGCGCUAACGGCGGGACUGUUGCAGGCUGAAGAAGUGCCUGGCGCGGUACGCCGGCCUCCGCGAGGAGAUGGUGGAGCAGCGCGAGGCGCACGACGCCGAGCGCCGCGAGCUGGAGGCGCUGCAGGCCGCGCUCAUCGCAGAGCUGCGCCGCCGUCUGCUCGUCGCCGACAGCUUCGUGCCGCUGGCCGGCCGUCCCGCCGUCCUGCGCGCCCGGUACAACGACGACACCGACGCCUGGGAGCUGCGGGAACACACCGGCGUAGAGCCACUGACGACGCGGCCCGGUGUAGCAGGCCGGCGUCGGGGCGCCAGCGCCCGCCCCGCUCGACGUCGCGCUGAAAACGUCCUGGAUCUGGCGCCCCUCCCUCUGCCGUCCACCACGCGCCUGUACUCGGCGCCGCGCCUGGCGCCCAGCCUGGCGGGCGGGCUGGCGCCGGCGCCGCGCAAGGAGGCGGAGGUGGAGGCGGUGGCGGCGGCGCCCCGCAAGUCGGCGCGCGGCGCGCGGCCCAGCACGGCGCACCAGCGGCUGGGCACGGCCGGCGUGCGGUAGUGCGGGCCCGACGCCCGCUUCGUUCCGGUCGCGUCCCGCGUCUCCGCGGAAAUGGUCGUAGUACAUUUCUCGUGCGAGAGCGACGCGUACUCGCGAUGCCCCCGCCCUUGUUGUAAGUUUUAUACAAUCCGAUUGAUCGAACCCUGGAAGCUUGCCACGCUUGCCCCGGCCGCUUGCGUCGCGCGACGUGAGCUUGGCACGGCCAGAGUGCACUGGCGAGGCGCCGGAGGACGUCGCGGCGACGCGAGCCUCACCAUGAUCUCACUUCAUUUCCCAGUAUUUAAAAGACAAAGAUUGCUUUGUAUUUAGUUUAAAUACAUAAAGUAUAUGUAUGAUUCGUAGCUACAAAUUGCACGAUCGAGUCAGGCGAGACGUCGCUUCACACUGCUGCUCGUAUUGUUUAGGUUGUUGUUUGUUUUAUAAGAUUUUAUUUUACCAUUGUUGUCUCUUUUGUUUUUGUAAAAUUUUAUUUUGUGCGUCUGUACCAACCCAAGUGUUUGAGCUAGUGAUAUUAGGUAGUUUACAUUUACAACGAUUGAAAUGUUACCAAUAGUUGUUGGUAUUGUCGAUCCGUAUUAUAAUAAUGUAUUAUUUUGAAAGCCGUUGUACAUAGAGGGGAUGUGAUGCAAACUGUAUGUUCAAACAUGUUACCAAAGAGUCCGCCGUCCUCGGUCGGCGCAGGAGAGCUCCGCUCGGUGCUCUCGUUUCAAUAUGUGUAAAUUGAUUUGUGGAUAUGUUGAUAAUUAUAAUUUCUAAACAGUUUCUAGUCAAUGAUGAUGAAUUAUAUUCUUGUAUACAAAUAUUGUAAAUAAAGAUAUUUUAGGUAUUUGAAAAGUAUCCUUAAUAUCGAUUAUGAAAUAGAAUAAGUAGGUUGCUAAUUAGCGCACAAUACUUUUUAAAUACCAUUUAAUUGCUGCCAUUGUCGCUCUGAGAGCAUACCGGCAGUCAACGCUGCUCGGUUCUGGCCGGUAGUUGCCGGUAGUGGCCGGUGGAGGCCGGUAGUCUCCAGUGGUGGUGGACAUUGGCAGAGUGUGAUUGCGUGGACCUCGCAAGACACGCUCACGUCUCCCACACAUUUCUUCUUGCGUUAAAUUUAAUUAAAUCAAUUUAUAUUUUGGGAUUGUGAGUUAUUUAUAUUGGCUUUUUAUUUAAUUUAAAUAAAUUAUGAAUGAAGAGGAUCAUGUAUUGUGAUAUUUAUAAUUUGGUAACUGCUAGUCAGUCGUGCCGCAUACACGCUUAUACUCACUAAUUAAAUAAACAUUUUAAAUUG